AUGUCACAAUCAACCGCAAGGGCACUACAGCGUGUCAAGGGUAGUUGCAGCCCCUCCUUGUGGCGAAGUCCGCCCCAUGGAUUCGCCAGGCGCUCAUUUUCUGCCACCUGCUCGAGACGCCUUAUGGACACGAGCGGCUUCUCAGAUACGCAAUUGACUGUUCGAGAAGCUGUCAGUCAGCUGUGUUCCAAUUUUCCCAAUACCUACUGGCAGGAAAGAGAUCAGGCCGAACAGGAUCCUCAAGACUUCCAUGCUGCCCUUGCCAAGGACGGUUGGCUGGGCAUAGCCCUCCCCGAGGCCCUCGGCGGUGCAGGACUAGGCAUCUCCGAGGCGGUCAUGAUGAUGCAAACCAUUACCGAGAGCGGCGCUGGCAUGGCAGGCGCCCAGGCGAUCCAUGCGAAUGUCUAUGCCACGCAGCCCUUAGCAAAAUUCGGCACAGAGAAGCAGCUGCAAAGCACAAUACCCAACAUCAUCCAAGGCAAAUGGCGGGUUUGUUUCGGUGUCACAGAGCCUAAUAGUGGUCUCGACACAUUACGGCUGACCACCACGGCUACCAAACAACCAGAUGGCUCCUAUAGCGUUAGCGGCCAAAAGAUCUGGAUCACCUGCGCCCAAGUCGCAUCCAAGAUGAUUCUUUUGGCGCGAACUGCUCCAUUGGACCCGAAGAAGCCGAGCCAGGGAUUAUCUCUUUUCUGCAUCGAUCUCAACAGAGACCAGCAAGGCCUAGACCUGCGCAAGAUUAGAAAAAUGGGAGGAAAAGCUGUUGAUGCAAAUGAGGUCUUCUUUGACAAUUAUAGCAUUCCUGCUGACAGCCUCAUCGGAGAUGAAGGACAGGGCUUCAAGAUUAUCCUGCAUGGCAUGAAUGCCGAGCGUUGUCUUUUGGCUGGCGAGGCUCUUGGUCUUGGGUACGCAGCUUUAAACAAGGCGGCCGAGUAUGCUAGGGACCGAACUGUCUUCCAGCGUCCCAUCGGCCAAAAUCAAGCUAUAGCACACCCACUCGCAGAUGCAUAUAUGAAGCUUGAGGCCGCCAAGCUUAUGACCUACCAUGCCGCCAGACUCUACGACGACAGCAGCAAAGAGGACUCCUCCCCCGAUGCAAAGAUAAGUCCUGCUUCUGUGGGCGUGGCAUGUAACAGUGCCAAGUAUAUGGCAGCUGAGGCGGCCUUCACAGCCUGCGAACGGGCUGUCCUGACGCAUGGUGGUAUGGGAUAUGCGGCUGAGUACGACGUGGAACGGUGGUUCAGAGAGUGCCUUGUCCCACGCAUCGCCCCUGUUAGCCGCGAAAUGAUUCUUAAUUACAUCAGCGAGAAGGUUCUGGCGCUUCCUCGUAGCUAUUAG